CUGAGAACUGGGCAGUGCGCGAGCUGAUGACGAAAGCGGAAGUGCUGGGGCCAGAGGCGGGACGAGAGCCCGGAGGGGCCCGGGAUUGCGGAAGUUUUGUGAGGAGGGUAAGGGGCUCUCGGGGCUCCGUGUGGUUUCGGAACAAAUUCCGGAAGGGAGGCCGCUGCUAGGGGGUCCGAGAGUCCCCAACCUGUGCUCGUUUGGGGCCACUCCAGGCGCCACUCGACGUCGCCGCUCUUGGUCCCGUGCCCUCGUUCCUCCGCAGGGAACCGCCUCGGGUCUCCGCCAUGGCGUCCACCUCGACCAACCUCCAGAAAGCAAUAGAUCUUGCUAGCAAAGCAGCCCAGGAAGACAAGGCUGGGAACUAUGAGGAAGCCCUUCAACUCUAUCAACAUGCUGUCCAGUAUUUUCUCCACGUAGUUAAAUAUGAAGCACAGGGUGAUAAAGCCAAGCAAAGUAUCAGGGCAAAGUGUACAGAAUAUCUUGAUAGAGCAGAAAAACUAAAGGAAUACCUGAAAAAGAAAGAGAAAAAACCACAGAAGCCAGUGAAAGAAGGACAGCCGAGUCCAGCUGAUGAGAAGGGGAAUGACAGUGAUGGGGAAGGAGAAUCAGAUGAUCCUGAAGCAAAGAAACUACAGAAUCAACUUCAAGGUGCCAUUAUUAUGGAGCGACCUAAUGUGAAAUGGAGCGAUGUUGCUGGUCUUGAAGGAGCCAAAGAAGCACUUAAGGAGGCUGUGAUAUUGCCUAUUAAAUUUCCUCAUCUUUUUACGGGCAAGAGAACACCUUGGAAGGGAAUUCUCUUAUUUGGGCCACCUGGAACAGGAAAGUCCUAUUUAGCCAAAGCCGUAGCCACAGAAGCAAACAACUCAACAUUCUUUUCAGUACAUUCCUCCCACCUUGUUUCCAAGUGGUUAGGUGAAAGUGAAAAGCUAGUUAAGAACUUAUUCCAACUUGCCAGAGAGAAUAAACCUUCCAUUAUCUUCAUUGAUGAAAUCGAUUCUCUGUGUGGUUCAAGAAGUGAAAAUGAAAGCGAGGCUGCACGUAGAAUUAAGACGGAGUUCCUAGUUCAAAUGCAAGGUGUUGGUGUGGACAAUGAGGGAAUUUUGGUUCUGGGAGCUACAAAUAUACCCUGGGUUCUGGAUUCUGCCAUUAGGCGAAGAUUUGAGAAACGAAUUUAUAUUCCUCUGCCUGAGGCCCCUGCCCGAGCUGCAAUGUUUAAACUGCACUUGGGGACCACUCAGAACAGUCUAACAGAAACAGAUUUCCGAGAUCUCGGGAAGAAAACCGAGGGUUACUCAGGGGCAGACAUAAGUGUCAUUGUGCGUGAUGCACUUAUGCAGCCUAUUAGAAAAGUGCAGUCGGCCACUCAUUUUAAAAAGGUUCGAGGACCUUCCCGAGCUGAUCCUAAUACCAUAGUGGAUGAUCUCUUAAUGCCCUGUUCUCCUGGGGACCCUGGUGCCAUUGAGAUGACGUGGGUGGACGUCCCUGGGGAUAAACUUUUGGAGCCGAUUGUUUCCAUGGGUGAUAUGUUACGAUCACUGUCUAGCACAAAGCCUACAGUCAAUGAACAUGACUUGCUGAAAUUAAAGAAGUUUUCUGAAGAUUUUGGCCAAGAAGGCUAAACCAAAGACAUGAGGAAGAUGUUUACCGUGUGUGUUCUUUCUGUGGAGGGAUUUUUGCCUUUCUUGGAUGGCAUUCAGGUUAUUUCCAGUAAAACACUUUUACCACAGGGAAACAUAGAUCUCACUUUGCGUUCCUCUACGUUUUAUAUGUAUUUUUGCUCUGUUACCAAUUAAAUGCUCUUAUUAACAAAAAUUAUAAAAUGAUGGGCUUUGAAGAAAUGAGUUCUACAUGAAUGGCAAAAAAAUAGAAAUUACCCAGUAAAAAGAGAAUUACAAUUGCUUGAGAUACAAAUUUUUAAAAUUGUUAUGAAUGGUGGUCUUUGUAAAAAAACAUUUAUCUUUCUUUUUUACUAAAAUGAAAUAGGGCUUAUAUCAUAUUUUUUAAAAAUUCUUAAACAUCUUUUUCACAUUGUAAAUUUAUUUAC